UUCAUCGUUCGGUCGGGAUCGGAUGGAGCCGUGAUAAUCUACCUCGAAGGUUACGAUCUUUCCGACGUUGCUUCAAUCCCCGGUGGGACCGCAGUUGAAGCGUCGCCGUUAAUCGGGCAGCACGCGCAAGUGAUUCAAAACAUCGGCGGCCAUCAUCAUGUUCUCCUGGCGCUUCGUUUUGUCAAUCGGUGUGCUGUUAGCGUUGGUGGCCGGAACUAAGAGCGAGGGAGUGUGUACGACACGAUCAGCCAACCCGCAGCAAGGCCGUUGUGUGCCUGUUUCGAAAUGUGCCCCGAUAAAACAGCAUCUGCUGCGCUUACAGUUCCGUGAGACCGACGAUUAUGUAGCGUUUCUGCGAGAGCGUGCUUGUGGCCAUGGCAAGGAUGGGACGCUCCAUGUGUGCUGUACCGGGAAGCUGUCGAGCGGUGUUCGUCCCGAGCUAUCGGAUAAUCCUGACGCAGCUAGCUGUCCAACGGAUUGCACCCCGUUGGAGCACUGUCCGAUGGUGUACGAGCGAAGUGCGGUCCUGCAGAAGCGCUACGAUCGAAGAUUGCAUCGACUGUUGAAACGUAACUUUUGCCACGAUGAAGCCGGCCAGCUGUACGUGUGUUGCGAUCCGGAGCAGUUCACGAGUCCGGCCAGCAUCGGAGCCCAGCUGGAGAAGCGUGUCAGCUGGCAGGCCUGCACUACACCGUUCGGUGAUGAGGGAAAAUGCGUACCACCGGCCCGCUGCUCGAUGGUAGACGAUCCGAACACGAUCGCUUCCGAGCUGGAAGCGUUCAUGGUUGGCUGCGAUCCGGUGAUGGAGCAGCCACAUCUCUGCUGUACCGACGGGCUGCUGAUCUACGAUCAGGAGAUGGGCCAAGAGUGUGAAACUAAGGCUGGGUUGUCGGGAGUCUGUUCGGAGGCGGAACGGUGCCUGGAUUUUAUCGAAUCCACCGAGAAGGAUGUGUACGUCCGGAACAACUGGUGCUACACUAAUCUACAGCAAGUGGACUAUCUUUGCUGUGCUAGCGACCGCAUCAAGGAAGCACCAGCCGUCGAAUUCGGCGUGCGUGCUGGUGAGAACGCGCCGGAAUGUACCACACCGAUGAAUCGACCGGGGCUGUGUGUCCCUUUGGCUGAAUGCACUCCGGUGUCGCGGUUAUUGCGACAAAUAUCGGCGCGCGGAACCGCACCGACGGCUGACGAGACAAUGUUUCUGCGUAGUUCUGUCUGUACCGCACCGACUGGGGCAUCGGGAUAUCAUGUUUGUUGCGAUGCAACGACAGUUCAGACGGCAUCUACAACCGCAGCACCAACUCGCGUUGCUACUACUGCAGCACCAGCAUCUCCUUUGCUCAAUCAUCCAAACAUUCGUCUGUUUGACCGCAACGCGUGUGGUGUACCGGCAACGGUCAAUAAGAUCGCCUUCGGACAGAAGGCCCGAUUGUUCCAGUAUCCCUGGAUGGCAAUGAUCAUCUAUAUGUCCGCCGGGGUCGAGAGUGCGAAUUGUGCCGGUACCAUCAUCAAUAACCGUUACGUGCUCACGGCAGCCCACUGUAUCGAUGGCCAGAUGGAGCGCUUAUUGUACGUAAGAAUUGGGGAAUUCGACACUCGGACCGAUCCCGACUGUGAAGAUGAUUCCUGUGCCGCUCCGAUUCAACGGUACGGUGUCACAGAGUCCCGCUUUCAUCCCAACUUUUCUCGUAUCGUCCGUUCCGGGCACGACAUCGGAUUGUUAAGGCUUAAUCGUACAAUCGACUUCAGCACGGGAGACGUUUCACCAGUCUGUCUCCCAUUCACGACCGGGUUGAUGGGGUUCGAUCCGACGAUGUACUGGAUUACUGGCUGGGGACUUACGGAACGGUUAGAGAUUAGCCCCGUACUGCUGCAGGCGCGCAUCCCUUCCGUGGCGUGUAGUUUGUCGAACUAUGCAAUCUGUGCCGGAUUCGGCAAUGCCACGCUGCACUGUGAGGGCGACUCUGGUGGGCCUAUGAAGGCGCAGGUGCCAGAGUACAACUUCCGCUACGUCCAGUACGGUGUGAUCUCGGCUGGACCGCGCUGUGGUGCCUCCGGUGUGCCUGGUAUCAGUUCCCGUGUUUCUUAUUUCGUACAGUGGAUACUUGAUAAUAUGAGAGAAUAA